AGUCACACAACAUUUAGUUUUUCUUUUUUUCCUCUCACUUUUCUCUUUUUCUUUUUAAGAAAUAUUCCAUCCAAAUUUAGCAAGCUUGGUCUCCCCUUUAUAGAUUGGAACCCCAAAAAGGAGUUUCUAAAUCCAAUUUGGGGACUUAAAGAUAGAGGAGAGAUUGAGCCACUUCUCUCUUCUGUUCUAUGCGAUACCUCAAAUUCGGUUAUUCAAUAUAGAAGAUGGGCCGUGGAAAAAUCGAGAUAAAGAGGAUCGAGAAUGCGAAUAGCAGACAAGUAACCUUCUCCAAGAGGCGUGCUGGGUUGCUGAAGAAGGCUCAUGAGCUCUCUGUUCUUUGUGACGCUGAGGUUGCCGUCAUCGUCUUCUCCAAGUCUGGCAAGCUCUUCGAGUUCGCCAGUACUGGCAUGAAGAAAACGCUUUUGAGAUACGGCAAUUACCAGAGUUCUUCAGAUGCUCCUUUGGUUAAUUGUAAAGCAGAGAACCAGGAGGACUGCGCAGAGGUGGACCUUUUAAAAAAUGAAAUUUCAAGGCUUCAAGAGAAACAUUUACAACUUCAGGGUAAGGGCUUGAAUAUUUUGAGCUUGAAAGAGCUGCAACACCUUGAGCAGCAACUAAAUGCUGCACUGAUAUCUGUGAGAGAGCGAAAGGAACUAUUGUUGACUAAACAGCUUGAAGAAUCACGGCUUAAGGUUCAAGAACUCAGAAGUUUACUUCCGUCGAUCAACCAACACUAUGUUCCAUCCUACAUCAAAUGCUUUGCUAUAGAUCCCAAGAACUCACACGUAAACAACACUUCCUUGGACGACAUUACGUGCAGCCUCGAGAAGACCAAUUCAGACACAACUUUGCAACUAGGGUUGCCGGGAGAGGCACAUGAUAGAAGGAAGAAUGAAGCAGACAGAGAGAGCCCGUCAAGUGAUUCAGUAACAACGAACACGACCAGAGCAAGUGCACAAAGGAUCAGUCUAGUUUAGCAAAAAAAUCAUUUGAAAACAAAAAAAGGCAGAGGUUCUCUGUUUAGCCAUAGAGAAAAAUGGGAGUGAGGUACAUAAUGUUGCGUCAUUAGCAAGUAUUCGACUAUAAUUAAGCAAUUUAAGAGGGAUACUAGAAGAAAAGAACAAGAGAAGAUUAACUUAUUAUAUCUCAUCUGCAUUUUCCUCUAACCUCACUCUCUGUACUUUUUCAUUUGAUUAUCUUUCGUCUUGUCUCUCCAAUCACAAAGAUAUAACCUAGUUGAUAGUUUAUCAACCAUAAUCUUCACAAUUAACUUUGUGCCUUAAUGAAUAAAGC